AGUCCAAAUGGAGGUAUAAUAAACCUCUUGGAGGUUAAACACUUUCAUAGGAAUAUAUCAAUAUCAAUCUCUCCUCUUUUCCUUUAUCCACUGCUCCACGUGAAGUAUUUCUGUACAUCAUAAACAUAAACAAACUACUAAGAUCACUUCUUCAUCCUCACCCACUCCAUCGUUCAGUUAUCAAACCUGUAACAAUGAGGAUGUCAGGAGGUGUGAUUAUCUGCCUUCUAAUUGUGAUCAUGGAUGUAGUUGCUGGUAUACUAGGGAUCGAAGCUGAGAUAGCUCAAAACAAGGUACUUCUUCUUCUUCUUCAUUUUUCUAUAUAUUUGAUUUAUGACUGCAGAAAAAUCUUGUUGCAGGGGAAGCACCUGAGGGUGUUCUUCGUUGAGUGCAAAGAGCCAGUCCAUGAGGCUUACAAGCUUGGACUCGCAGCAGCUGGGCUUCUGGCAUUAGCUCAUGCCGUCGCGAAUGUACUUGGUGGAUGCAUGUGGAUUCGCUCCAGAUCUUUUAACAAGAAAAUGGCUGCAGCCCCCUGA